AUGGCCGGAGGACGGGGCGUCCCGCUGGCGCUGCUGGCUGUGCUGACCCUGCAGGGUGCCGGGGCCAUCAAAGUGGGGAACAUGAUCGUCGAGACUGAGUUCUACCAGCGGCAUGAGAGGCUGCAGCAGGAGGGCGGCGAGUUCAUGUUUGAUUUCGACGGGGACGAGAUCUUCCACGUGGACCUGCAGAAGACAGAGACCGUCUGGCGCCUGCCUGAGUUCGGGAACUUCGCCACCUUCGAGGCGCAGGGAGCGCUGCAGACCAUGGCUAUAGUGAAACAGAACCUGGAGUUCAUGAUGGAACAUACCAACCGCUCGCAGGGAGCCAUCGUGCCACCAGAGGUGAUGGUGUUCCCCAAGCGCCGAGUGGAGCUAGGGGACCCCAACGUCCUGAUCUGCUACGUGGACAAGUUCUGGCCGUCCGUGAUCUCCAUCACGUGGCUGAAGAAUGGGCAGAAGGUGACAGACGGCGUCCUGGAGACCGUCUUUUACCUAGGGCCAGAGUUCACCUUCCGCAAGUUCUCCUACCUGCCCUUCAUCCCCACCCGCGGGGACUACUACGACUGCCGCGUGGAGCAUGAGGGUUUGCCCACCGCCCUGAUGAAGCACUGGGAGCCCCAGCUGCCCCUCCCCGUCUCCGAGAGCACCGAGACCCUGGUGUGCGCCCUGGGCCUGGCCGUGGGCAUCGUCGGCAUCAUCGUGGGCACCAUCCUCAUCAUCAAGGCCAUGAAGAUGAACAGCGCCCGCAACCAGCGGGACCCCUUGUGA